UAUUCCCAAUCCUAAUGGAUUUAUUGACGAAUUCCUACUUUCCCCGAGUCAAAGUAACACGAAAAAUCAUUCUUGUAUCUCGCUAAGGAUGAGCACUAAAUAUAAGAACAUUUGCGAUAAGGUUUUCUUUAGUCGUGAUUCGUUACAUAUUUAAUUUAUCGAUAUGUCGUUCGAAAAUUUGCCAGAGGAACAUCCUCGAAAACUAAUUCCUUUCUUGUGCAAACAAUUUUACGAGCUUGGAUGGGUCACAGGAACUGGGGGUGGCAUGAGCAUGAAAUUAGGAAAUGAGAUCUACAUCGCACCUUCAGGUGUACAAAAGGAGCGCAUCCAACCAGAAGAUUUAUUUGUUCAAGAUAUGGCUGGCAAUGAUUUGCAGGUGCCACAAAAGAAGCUGAAAAAGAGCCAGUGUACACCACUUUUUAUGUGUGCUUAUACAGCACGCGGAGCUGGUGCUGUAAUCCACACCCACUCAAAAACUGCUUUGAUGGCAACACUACUUUAUCCAGGCAAAGAAUUUCGAUGUACUCAUUUGGAAAUGAUUAAAGGGAUUUACAACCCUGUCACUAAAUGCAACUAUCGUUAUGAUGAAACCCUUGUCGUCCCAAUAAUUGAGAAUACGCCAUUUGAAGAAGAUUUGAAAGACCGGAUGGCUCUAGUGAUGGAGGAAUAUCCACAAACUUCUGCAAUCCUUGUUAGACGACACGGAAUCUAUGUCUGGGGCGAGACUUGGGAAAAGACCAAAGCCAUGACUGAAUGCUAUGACUAUUUAUUUGAUGUCGCGAUUCAAAUGAUCAAGCAUGGUCUAAACCCCGAAGCUGUUCCAGAGGAUCUGAAGUAAAUAAUGGUAAAAUCACUGCUUGACAAUAUUCAAAACAUUCAAAAUAUUUUUAUUUCAUAAAAUGUGUCUUCUAAUAAAUAUGAGUCUUACUAAUAAUAAUUUAAUUACA